UGAUUUACUAAGAGCAAGAUAUAUAAAACCGACUGUCAUAGAUUUAUUCCCUCAGUAUCAGAUCAAAAAUGCAACCGAUUUCUCUAUUGGUCCUACUUGGCUGUGUUGCUUUCGCCAAUUCGUUUGGCAUAAACUUAAGCUAUUUAAACCCACUGAGGACCUCUGAGGAAUCUCCAGUGGAUAUUAAAUUAUGUAAUCCCAUUGUGUCUGCAAAUUCGGAAGGAGAUUCUUCUCAGUUCUUGCCAUAUGAACAACAAAGUAGUACGACGAUUACUCCUGGAGACUUCAGUACAAGAAGACUAGUACCUUUACCAACUUUGGCAACGACUUCCACAUCAAGCACAACGCAAGUCAGCAGGGAAAUAUAUGAUAAAAAUGUGCCUAAUUCUCCUGUUGAGUGUGAACCCGCUCCCACUGGUAUUGGAACACGACUGAGUUCACAACUUUUGAAAGUACUCGUCAUAUUAGGCUAGCACAGUCGUUGCAAGCUGUCUUUUCUAUUGGAAAUCAUUGCAAAUAUGCAGAACGUCUCAUUAAAAAUAAAACUUUUCCGCAAUUUUAUAACAAA